AUGAGGUCUGCAAUCCUUUAUGCCCUGCUUGCCUCUUCUGCAGCUCAGGGUGCCGUUUUGAACCGAGAUGCAAAUGGCAAUCUAGCACGACGUGACGGCUUCUUGGAUCAGCUGGGACAACUUCUCGGCCUUGGAAAUGGAAAUGGGGGUGCCGCCGUAACUACGAUUACCACCACUGUCAUUCCUGGAGCUACUCAAGUGGUCGAGAACCCGGUCCCAACAGCAGUCACAGAUGCGCCUCCAGCUCCUCCUCCAGUCGUCCCGGCGACAACGAAUCCUGACGGCAAUGGAGUGGGCGUCACUGUGAUUCCAGCAACGACAAAUGCCAACGGCAACGGCGUUGGUGUCACCACGAUUCCAAUUCCCUCGUCUUUGCUGCCGACGACAACGUUUGUUCUGGAACCUCCGCCAGCUGCAUCGGCACCCCCUCCAGCAGCUCCUCCUCCUCCCCCUCCGGCAAAUACUGCUACGGACGUCCCUCCAGCGGUGACUGCCCCUCCAGCAGCACCCCCGCCACCUCCUCCAGCAACAACUGCUCCUGGAGUUCCGCCGGCUGAGACUGUCCCUCCUCCUCCGCCUCCGCCGCCUCCAGCGACCACGGCUCCUCCUGCUGCCAGCCCUCCACCGGCCGAUGUUCCACCUCCUCCAGCUACGAGCGCUGCUCCUCCCCCACCACCGCCUCCUCCUCCGCCUCCCCCCGCGGAAAGCUCUACAACAGCUCCACCUCCUCCCGCUACCACAAGUGUGCCUCCGCCUCCGCCUUCGUCUUCUACAACCACGGAUAUCGCGAAUGUGACACCUUCUCCCAUUUUCAGCACGCUACCUUUGUCAACCUCGGCAGCAGGCGCUUCCUCGGCAGCAUCGUCAACCUCCGCCGAGACCUCGAGCACAAGUGAAGCUACUGUAUCAUCAGCGACAUCGACAUCUGCGGCCGCAACGACAACCUCUCAGGCUUCAUCAGUAUCGACAAGUGCCUCGUCCACAGAUUCCUCGUCAUCGGCUGCCUCAACACCUGUUACAGUCUCCAGUUCCGUCAUCAAGCCCCCUGCGAGCACAACCGUUAGCACGUCGACGACAUCUUCAGCUACAACUUCAACGACUUCAACAAGUGCAGCUACUUCCGAGACGACAACCAGCCCCGCGAGCUCGUCUGCCCCUGAAACUUCGGCUCCCCCUGCGAGCUCACCUGCUCCCGAGACUUCAGCUACGCCUACUACUACGCCUGCAGCCGCGCCUACUCCCGUUGUUCCCGCUGCGCCAGCCAACACUCUCGUCCUCGGAAAUCUUGCUUCCAACGCUCCCGCGGCAGACGGACAGCCGGCUCCCCCCGUGUUCCCUAUUGCAACGCCGACCGCACCUGCAGCUUUCUCUGCGCCGCCCCCCGAUCUUCAGGGAUACGAACUUAGCAGCGCGUUGAACUUGGGUGCUCUGGUGGCCAUCCAAACUGUGGGCACGCCAUCAGUGGCAGCUGCCGCAGCGCCCACGCUGAUCAUUGGACAGUGA